AUGACGAACCUAACCUUAGAGCUUAACAUCAACUCCGCAAGUGACCUUGAGAAUGUCAACCACAUCACAAAGAUGAACGUUUACGCCAUCACAACCCUUCGUGGAGACAAAAAGCUAAAGAAACAAAAGGUGAAAACAGCCGUCGAUCACUCCGGCGGGUCUAACCCGACUUGGAAUCACGCCGUCAAGUUUUCUAUCAACGAGAAACUAGCCCUUGAAGGUCGUUUGACACUUGCCGUGAGAUUGUUCUCCAAACGACUCCUAGGCGAUAAAGAAAUUGGUGGAAUCGAAGUCCCGUUACUUGACCUCUUGCGUUCACAUACGCCGUCAACUAACGGUCAUGGGAACAGCAAGGAAACGAUGAAUUUUGUGACGUACCAGGUGAGAACUCCGUCGGAGACAAUGAAAGGUUCUUUGACUCUCUCGUACCGGUUCAUUGGAGCAACGGUUUACCAACAGGCGCCAACGUGGGCUACACCGAGUCAGCAAGGGUAUGGACCGUAUGGUUACAUGCUGCCUCCACCGCCAAUCGGAUAUGGAUACGGAGUUCCGCCUCAGCAGCCGACGAGGAAUGAAGCAAGGCUACAAAAUGGUGACACUUUGUUUUCAGCAAUCUCGUUAAUCAAUGUUAUAUCCAGUCACGGUUACCACCGGGUGCCAACGUGGGCUCCGCCAAGUCAGUAUGGAUAUGGACCUUAUGGUUACAUGCCGUCUCCGCCUCCACCGCUACCGGGAUAUAGAUACGGAGGUCUGCCGCCUCAGCAACCGACGAGGAAUGAAGCAAGGCUACAAUAUAUAGAUGCUGUUGUGGAUUUAGUUACUGAUAUUUAG